AUGGUUUUCUUGUUUUCGUCCGUAUUUGUUUCUUUGCAUAAUUUAUGUCUUUAUUGGACUCUCUUUCGCUCUCGUUCUCCCUCUCGUUCUCUCUUUCUCGUUCUCUCUCUCUUCUCCUUCUCUCGUUCUCACUCUCUCGUUCUCUCUCUCUCUCUCGUUAUCACUCUCUCGUUCUCUCUCUCUCGUUCUCUCUCUCUCUCUCUCUCUCUCUCUCUCUCUCUCUCUCUCUCUCUCUCUCUCUCUCUCUCUCUCUCGUUCUCUCUCUCUCGUUCUCUCUCUCUCUCUCUCUCUCUCUCUCUCUCUCUCUCUCUCUCUCUCUCUCUCUCUCUCUCUCUCUCUCUCUCUCUCUCUCUCUCUCGUUCUCUCUCCAUCGUUUUCUCUCUCUCUCUCUCGGUCUCUCGUUCUCUCUCUGUCGUUCGCUCUCUCUCUCCAUGUUUACUGCUUUAG